UAUAUGAGUUACAUGGUCCUGUUUUUGUUGUUGUUGACACCUAAAUCCCACUCAGUUCCCCCAGAAUCCGAGUGGAACCGCGUGGACAGAGUCCACAGUCUGCAGGACAAAGUUCCAAACCCGCACAGUGAACUGCGUCAGGUAGUCUGCUGCAGUCAUGUAGGAGACUUCAGAGGGACGUGUCUGUUGAACGACUCUGUGAAGUGAAGUGAAAUCAUUAGCGUCCACGGUCCCGUUCACGCAGCUCGGAGCUUCAUUGUGCCACUCGAGCCAAACAUGGUACGCGUGCGGAGGAAAGCCUGCGUCGCCCUCUUCCUCUUCACGCUCUUCGUCUUCGGGACCAUGAUGGGACUGAAGACCCUGAAGCCCACUGACGGGUUCUCGGAUCUGGCUUCUGGUUUUGAGCUCGGGGCGAAGGUGGAUCGGCGCUCCGUGUCCCGUGACGCCACCGCGUCCCCGGGUCAGUCCCACGCAGCUGGCAGCAUCACCAAAGCAGCUUUGUCCAACUCCGGUCCAGAGGGGACCAUAUUCUACGACGUUCAUAUUUUUUACUACGCCUGGUACGGCAGCCCGCACAUGGACGGGAAGUUCAUUCACUGGGACCACAUCCUCGUGCCACACUGGGACCCCAAAAUCGCAUCCAGCUACCCGAGAGGAAGACACAUGCCGCCCGAAGACAUCGGAUCCAGUUUCUACCCCGACCUCAACCCAUACAGCUCCAGAGACCCAGACGUGUUGGAGUCCCACAUGGAGCAGAUAGGAGCAUCUGCAGCAGGGGUUCUGGUUCUGUCCUGGUAUCCUCCCGGUCUGGCUGACGACAACGGGGAACCGGCAGAGGAUCUGGUGCCAGCUCUACUGGACGCUGCAUACAGACACAACCUCAAGGUUGCGUUUCACAUUCAGCCUUACCAAGGGCGGAGCGACCAGACCGUGCACGACAACAUCAAGUACAUCAUUGACAGGUACGGCGACCACGGAGCCUUCUACAAGUUCACCUCCAGCACUGGGAAGCGUCUGCCUCUGUUUUACGUCUAUGACUCCUACCUAACUCCUCCAGAGUCCUGGUCUGAAUUCCUGACUCCCACCGGCUCCCACAGCGUGCGUGGCUCCGCUUACGACUCCGUCUUCAUCGCCCUGAUCGUGGAGGAGCGCCACAAGCACGACAUCCUCGCCGGAGGCUUCGACGGCAUGUACACCUAUUUCGCCUCCAACGGCUUCUCCUUUGGCUCCUCCCACCAGAACUGGAAGGCCAUCAAAGCGUUCUGUGACGGCAACAGCCUCCUCUUCAUCCCCAGCGUGGGACCCGGCUACAUCGACACCAGCAUCCGGCCGUGGAACAACCACAACACGCGCAACCGGGUGAACGGCCGCUACUACGAGACGGCCCUGCAGGCGGCGCUCGACGCGAGGCCGGACGUCGUCGCCAUCACGUCUUUUAACGAAUGGCACGAGGGGACGCAGAUAGAGAGGGCGGUGCCUAAAAAAACAGUGACCCGUGUGUAUUUGGACUAUCAGCCACAUGGACCCGACCACUACCUGGAGCUGACCCGUCGCUGGGCGGAGCAGUACAACAAAGAGAAGGAGCAGUGGCUCAUGUGAGCGUGUGAGCAAAUGUAUGGAAACGAACAAACGAGAGAAGAGUCGAUGUAAAGACAACACGGAUUCUUGAGGAUGUUGCGUUUACGUUUGGAUUAAACUGACCGUCAACGUUCCUGCGAGAACACGACUUUACACAAAUGUUUUUUAUCUGUAACUCUGGAAAGUUCACACCAUCCCGACUACGUCUAUCUGCUCCACACAAACCUCUGUAAAGUGGUGUUUAGAUCCUGUGUCAUUCCAGCGCUGCACACAGGAAGUCCUUCAUUUUCUCAUGUCAUGAUGGAUGGGU